AUACCGGCUGCACUUUGAGCGGGAGAGCAGAGAGGAAGUGGAACGGAGAAAAAAGAUUGCCCGGGAGAAGGUCUUGGAGCCGGUGCCAGAAACCGAGACAGAGGUGGACAUAGAAGAUGUUUACAAGACUGGCUCAGUACUCGAUUUUCCUAAACGUCCCCCUUGGAAUUACCAAAUGACCAAGGAUCAGUUGUUGGCACGAGAGGAGAAUUGUUUCCGGGAAUAUUUAGAGAAUAUCUAUAGUACAUUCCAGCCCAAUCAGCUGAGUUACUUUGAGCACAAUCUGGAG